CCCAUUUUGUUGUAACUGUGGAAUGGGGAAUGACUGUGCUGACAACAGAACAUGUCCUAGUGGAAUAUACGAACUACAUUUAACAAAUAUUUCUGAAGUAUAUUGUGACAUGGAAGUAGACAACGGUGGUUGGAUUGUAAUUCAGAGACGACUCAACGGAGAAGUAGAUUUUUAUAGAGGUUGGAACUCUUACAAGUAUGGCUUUGGUGACCUUGAUGGCGAGUUUUUGUUAGGAGAUGCAAUGGCGUACCAGAAUAAUAUGCAAUUCUCAACAAAGGACAGAAAUAACCUCAAUUGCGCUACAUUGUAUAAAGGAGGAUGGUGGUAUAACAAUUGUCACCGUAGUAACCUGAAUGGUCUGUAUCUUAACGGUACGCAUUCUAGUUUUGCAGAUGGGAUCGAAUGGUACGAAUGGAAGGGAUAUAACUACUCUUUGAAGAAAUCAAGUAUGAUGAUCCGCAGAAAAUAG